GUGCACAAAGCGGAAUGAAUACUAAUGUGGAAGAUGGCGGCGGAGGGAGGUGGGAAGGAGGCGAACGAAAUUAAAACUCAGUUCAGCACACGGGAGGGCGUCUACAAACUUCUGCCGAACUCCGAGUACAGCCGACCGAACCGCGUGCCGUUCAACUCGCAGGGCUCGAACCCGGUCAAAGUGUCGUUCGUGAACGUGAACGACCAGUCCGGGAACGGCGAGAGAAUCUGUUUCAAUGUGGGCCGGGAGCUUUACUUUUACAUUUAUAAAGGCGUCAAGAAGGCCGCCGACCUGAGCAAACCUGUGGACAAGAGGAUCUAUAAGGGAACGCUCCCCACGUGUCACGACUCCAACGCGCUGACGGCCACGGCGGAGAGCGUCUCGCUGCUGGUGGGCUUUUCCGCAGGGCAAGUACAGCUCAUUGACCCCAUCAAAAAGGAAACCAGCAAGCUUUUUAACGAAGACAGACUAAUCGAUAAGUCUGCGGUGACGUGUUUGAAGUGGGUCCCGGGUUCAGAGCACCUGUUCCUGGUGGCUCAUGGCAGCGGUUGUUUGUACCUGUACAACGUGGAGCACACCUGCGGGACGACGCCGCCUCAUUAUCAGCUCCUCAAGCAAGGCGAGAGCUACGCCGUUCACACCGGCAAGAGCAAGUCGGCCCGCAAUCCUCUCCUCCGCUGGACAGUGGGCGAAGGGGCGGUGAACGAAUUCGCUUUCUCGCCCGACGGAAAGUUCCUGGCCUGCGUCAGUCAGGAUGGAUUCCUUCGUGUCUUCAGCUUCGACGCGACCGAGCUGCGAGGCACGAUGAAGAGCUACUUCGGCGGGCUGCUAUGCGUUUGCUGGAGCCCCGACGGACGGUUCAUCGUAACCGGGGGCGAGGACGAUCUCGUGACGGUCUGGUCGUUUUCGGACGCCAGGGUCGUCGCUCGAGGACGAGGCCACAAAUCGUGGGUGAGCGUCGUUGCGUUCGAUCAUUGCAUCACUAGCGUUCAGGACUGCGAAGCGCCGGCGGAGUUCAGCGGAAGCGACGAGGACUUCCGCGACAACGCGCAAUACAACGGAAAUCGCGAGCGGGCGAAUAGCACGCAAUCUAGAAUAUCCAAACGAAACUCUACGAACGGUAGCGUGACGUACCGGUUCGGCUCGGUCGGUCAGGACACUCAGCUAUGCUUAUGGGACCUCACGGAAGACGUUCUGUUUCCGUUAUCAAGAACGAGGACUCAAACUAACGCGAUGAGUGCGGAAACCGGCACUAACGGCAACAACAGCGCGAAUUCUUCGCUGCCGCGCUCAAACAGUUUGCAGCACUCGACGGCCGGCAGCCCGAACAGCAACAAACCGGCCGGCAUCGUAGACGGCGCUUUGAUCGCGACCGGCGUCAGCAAGUUCGCGACGUUGGCUCUGCACGAGGUGCGCAAGGAGCGGAAUCAGGAGAAGGAGCACAAGCGCAAUCACAGCAUAAGCUACAUCAGCAACAAGAGCAGCGACAAGCUCAACCAGAUCAUCGGCCCUCGAGCGGCUAAAACGGACGUCGCGAAGACGCUGGGGACGACGUCGUGUCCGCGCAUGGAGGAAAUCCCGCUUCUGGAGCCGCUGGUGUGCAAGAAAAUCUCCACGAGACUCACGGUGUUGAUCUUCCUCGAGGACUGCUUGGUCACCGCCUGCCAGGAGGGAUUCGUUUGCGCGAUGGCGCGGCCUGGGAAAGUGGGUCUGUUGUCGUCUCAGAACCAGGCCAGCUCUCCCAGCGGGACAGUCGUAUAGCGGCUCUUCGGACG